GCCCCCGCCGCCCCAGCUCCAGAACCUCAACAACAACAACUUGGAGAGCGCCAACUGGCAGUCCUUCCAUCCCACCCUGCGGGAGAGGAACGCGCUGAUGUUCAAUAACGAACUCAUGGCUGACGUUCACUUCAUCGUGGGCCCGCCAGGGGCAUCCAAGAAAGUUCCUGCCCAUAAGUAUGUUUUGGCAGUUGGUAGCUCUGUCUUCUAUGCUAUGUUUUAUGGUGAUCUCGCAGAGGUCAAAUCUGAAAUCCAUAUACCAGAUGUGGAACCUGCAGCCUUUCUAAUCCUAUUAAAAUAUAUGUAUAGUGAUGAAAUAGACCUGGAAGCUGACACAGUGCUGGCUACACUGUAUGCUGCCAAGAAGUACAUCGUGCCGGCCCUAGCAAAGGCUUGCGUCAAUUUUCUGGAGACCAGUUUAGAAGCGAAGAAUGCUUGUGUCCUGCUGUCUCAGAGCAGGCUCUUUGAGGAGCCAGAGCUGACGCAGCGCUGCUGGGAAGUGAUUGAUGCUCAGGCAGAAAUGGCACUGAAGUCAGAGGGCUUCUGUGAGAUAGACCAACAAACACUAGAGAUCAUUGUAACCCGGGAGGCACUCAACACCAAGGAAGUGGUAGUUUUCGAGGCCGUUCUCAACUGGGCAGAGGCUGAAUGCAAAAGGCAAGGGCUGCCGGUUACGCCGCGCAACAAGAGGAAUGUAUUGGGAAAAGCUUUGUACUUGGUGCGGAUUCCUACCAUGACUUUGGAAGAGUUUGCCAAUGGAGCUGCCCAGUCCGACAUCCUCACCCUCGAGGAAACUCACAACAUAUUCCUUUGGUAUACAGCUGCAAAUAAACCCAAACUAGAGUUUCCACUGACAAAAAGAAAAGGACUUGUGCCUCAGCGCUGCCAUCGGUUUCAGUCAUCUGCCUAUCGCAGCAACCAGUGGAGGUACCGCGGGCGAUGUGACAGUAUUCAGUUUGCCGUAGACAAACGGAUAUUUAUCGCGGGACUGGGACUGUACGGGUCAAGCUGUGGCAAAGCUGAAUACUCUGUCAAAAUCGAACUGAAGCGCUUAGGAGUUGUCCUUGCUCAAAACCUGACUAAGUUUACCUCCGACGGCUCGAGUAACACUUUCUCGGUGUGGUUUGAGCACCCCGUGCAGGUUGAGCAAGACACGUUUUACAAUGUAAGUGCUAUUCUUGAUGGUAACGAACUCAGUUACUUUGGGCAAGAGGGAAUGACUGAAGUGCAGUGCGGGAAAGUGACGUUCCAGUUCCAGUGCUCCUCGGACAGUACUAAUGGAACCGGAGUACAAGGAGGACAAAUACCUGAGCUUAUUUUCUAUGCAUGAUGCAUUUUCACCUUGAUUGUAUUCCAAUACUGCAAUGAUUCACAUUAAGGGAUUUUUCAGUUUUACUACGAACUCUGCAGCAGUAUGGAAUGUUACGCUACUUACCUAUCUGCUACAUCAGGCUAUACAAAUAAGUGAAGGAAUGCUCUUAAUCUUAUUUUAUUUAUUCAUAAGCUAUUUGACUUAAUUAUUAAGACUGCAAAAAGCAGGAAAAUGUUAAAUUUUGCACGUACUGUGCAUUUAUUUUGUAUAUAGAUAACUAACUUGCAGACUGCAGCUGACUUAAACAGAAUGUUCUAAACUAGAGCAGUUUAUGAAUCUGUGAAAUAUAAAACAUUUUUACUUGCCCUAAA